AUGAAAACCCUUCACACUCCACGCUGUCGUUCACAACCCCCUCACUCUUAUGCUGGAAAUGUUGACCAGAGUCUGCCAUAUUGUUACGCAGUCGCUCUCUUGUCCCGUAAGAUCCGCCUGCUCUCUACCUGGUUCACGUAUUUCACUCGACCCCUGCCACCCAAUCUGCGCUACUGGAGGCGUUAUUCGUCCUCCCCUGCCUCUGGGUGA